CAAUUAUGUAUUACUUUUAUUAAAUAUUAUAUUUAUUAAAAGUAUAAUUAUAUUUACCAUUUCAUUAACUUUUGCCUUGCAAUGGAGCUAUCUGAUAAAGUUGUAGAAUGUGUGCCCAAUUUUUCUGAAGGUUGUAAUGCCGAAGUAAUUCAGAGUAUUGCAAAAGCUAUUUCAGAAACGAUGGGUUGUGUGCUGGUGGAUGUUGAUGCGAGUGCUUCGACCAAUAGGACAGUGUAUACAUUUUUCGGAAACCCAGAAACUGUAAUUGAGGGUGCAUUAAAUGGUGCAAUUGAAGCAAGUAAGCAUAUUGAUAUGAAGAAUCAUCAAGGCUCACAUCCACGUCUUGGUGCAUUGGAUGUUUGUCCAUUUAUACCAGUCAAAGGAGUGACCAUGGAGGACUGCAUUAAAUGCACCCAUCAAUUUUCAGAAAGAUUAGUAAAGACUUUAAAUGUUCCUGUGUAUCUUUAUGGUUAUGCGUCUCGAGAAGAUUAUCGUAAAACGGUCCCUCAAAUUAGAAGUGGUCAAUAUGAAAAUCUAUGUGAAAAGUUGAAAGAUGAUAGAUGGAAACCUGAUUAUGGUCCUGCGGAAUUUGUUCCGUCUUGGGGUGCAUCCAUUGUUGGAGCACGUGAUUUUCUUAUAGCUUACAAUGUGAACAUAAUGAGUACAAAGGAGCAAGCUCACAGAAUUGCUCUAAAUAUUCGAAGUACUGGUCGCGGACCAUCGCAGCCUGGCUUGUUGGAAAAAAUUCAAGCGGUUGGUUGGCGAGAGGAAAAAUCCAACAUUUCACAAAUAUCUGUAAAUGUUCUGGAUUUCAAGACCACUGCUGUUCACACUGUUUUUGAAACAUGUGUGGAAGAAGCCAAGAAGCUGAACUUACCGAUCACUGGAUCGCAAGUUGUUGGUUUAAUUCCACUGAAAGUGAUGUUUGAUGCUGCAAAUUAUUAUAUUGCAAAAGAAGACCUGUUUAUCGUUGAAGAAGAUCAAAAAUUACGAUUGGUAAUUGAUAGACUUGGCCUGAAUUCUUUAGGUCAAUUUAACACAGAUGAAAAAAUAAUAGAAUAUGUAAUUGGUAGCAACAAACAUGGUUCUUUGGCUUCCUUGCCACUACAUGAAUUUAUCAAGUCAUUAUCAAGUCGAACACCUUCUCCCGGAGGAGGAUCAGCAUCAGCUGCUGUAGCAGCGAUUGGAGCUGCUUUAAGCACAAUGGUUGGAUGGAUGACGUUUGGUAAGAAGAAAUACGAUCACUUGGACUCCACCAUGAGAAAACUUAUUCCACCGAUCCGUGAAGUUAUGGUCGACUUAAUACCGCUGGUGGAUGCAGACACUAAUGCCUUCAAUAUGUAUAUGGAAGCUUUAAAAUUACCAAAAAGCUCGCCAGAUGAAAAGGAAAGACAAGCAAAAUCCGUUCAAGAAGGAUUGAUGGCUUCAGUUGAUGUUCCACUGAGAUUAAUACAAACAGUUACACGUAUAUGGGAGCCGUUAAAAGCACUGGCAAAGCAUGGAAAUAUUCAAACUAAAUCAGAUAUUCAGGUUGGUGUGCGUUGUCUUGAGGCUGGUGUAUGGGGAGCUUAUUAUAACAUUGCAAUAAACCUUCCCGAUAUUACCGAUGAAAGCUACAAAGAAAAGGUAAAGGUCACAUCAACAGAAGGCUUGGAAUGUGCAAAAACUGCAACAAAUGAAGUUUUAGAGAUCUUAGAUUUAAGACAGAAUUAAAAUUUUAUCUUUGUGUCUCUACGAUAUUUUUUGGUGUGAAAUGUGAUUUACGCUAUAGUCAGCUGGCUAUAUAUAUUGUACGUUAACUUUCCGAUUCAUGAUCCUUCGAUAAAUACAACAUUGGGAUGUCAGAAUA